CUUAAUCUGAAACCGUUGUUCCGUGAUGCUAUGUGUUCAUACAAUCGUUCGGUUACGACUUUGAUACUCUGCCUCUGCGGACACACCAAAUUGGCGCCACGGACUGCCGCGUCCCUGUAUAAUGUUGCUCCUGCUCAGUUCUAGACCGAUACACAAUUAUCCCAAAUACAGUUUUGGAAAGAUUUAACAAUCAGCUUUUCGGACUGUGAUCCUGUUCUACCAGUUCUUAAUCCAUCGGUGACGAAAACAGAGGAUGUUCAAAAACUUUUGCGAUUGCAUCUCAGAUCAGAGGAUCGCCGGAACUUCGACGGCCAUCUUAAAUGGCGCCUUAGCAGUGCUGGAUAAGGAUUGGGGAGUUCGUGUGAACACAUACACAUCCUGCUACAAAUAUUCGCAGAUAACUCAGACAGCUGCUAAUACCUUGGAUACUUUCUUCUCUCAGCUCCGGUGUUCUGUUUGGAAAUGUGACCAUGACAAUGUCCAAAAUAAGAGAUUUGAAGAAACCAUGCUGACACAACAAUUGAACUUUGAACUGUCGGAUUCUCGGGUCAGGGAUUGCCUAUUAAUACAGGAUGCAGAUAAGCUCCUUUGCGACAUGGCGUGCGACAUGGUUCGUGCGAGGGUUGCAAUCAAUGAACAUAAUAAAUUGCUUCUUCUUAAGGCAGCACAUGCCAAAAUGGAUCGACUGGAUUUCUCCCUUUCCCUCACGUAAUGCUCAGCAACCAUCGUUAGCAUUGUAGAAAUAUCGAAUGCCGCGAAAACAGUAGAUCUUGCCUUGAAAAAAGUGUGAUUUGUCGGAGCUGUGGUAACUCGGGUCAUUGUGCCUGAGUUUGUCGCUCUCGUACCAUUUGUCGCGUUAAUUCUUCCAUAACUGACCCUUGGGAUUUGUUUGCUAACGGUCAACAUCCUAAAUAUGUUAGCGAAACGGAGCACUCCAUGUCUUUGUUUGCACAUGAACCAAAAAUACCUUCAUCCGAUAUUCACCGCGUUUCAUGAUGUGCGAAGCAAACCCAUUCAUCCAGCUAUGAAGCUUGAUUCGGCGUCACCAACAACGAUGGUGUCAUAUGUCUUUAUAAGCAGAAUCUUUU